AUGCUCUAUAAGACGACAGUGUGGACUGCCGUGAACAGAGAGAGGGCACCGUGCUCGGCGCUGUUCUCUGGAGGUCGCGGUCCUACGGCGACUCCACCGCAGCCGGCUGACCCGGUGGAAAGCGUUGGAGAAGAGCCAGGCCUUUUGGUAACUCGGUUCCUUUUUGGCCCGGUUGCGGAUUUUGUUUUGGAGACGACGCUCCCGGCAGUGCCCAGCCGGCCUCCCCGCGGCGGGCGGGGCGGGGCGGGGGGGCCCGGGAGGCGGGCGGCGAUGGCCCCGGGGCCGCCCCGCCGCUCAAAUAGCCGCCGCCGCCGCGCCUGGCAGCGGAGCCGGCACGGCCGCCCGGCCCCCCACCCCAUGGUGACGGCGGCGAGCGGGCGGCGCGGCGGCACUCCGCAGCGGCGGGGGCCCGGCCGCUCCCCCGGCCGCUGCCCGCGGCGCCCGGCACGGCGGCGGCGCCCGGGGACGGCGGCGGCGGCGGCGAGGGAGAGGGAGAGCCCGCAGGAGCUGCAGGCGUUCCGCGAUUACGGGGAGAGCUGGUACCGCUCCCGCAAGGGGCUGGAGAGCCGCUUCCAGCCGCGGGAGCCGCUCGCCCGGCAGCCGCAGGUGACGGCGGAGGCGCGCUGCAAGCUGGUCAGCUGGCUCAUCCCCGUGCACCGGCACUUCGGCCUCUCCUUCGAGGCACUCUGCCUGGCCGUCAACAUCCUCGACCGCUUCCUCGCCACCACCCCCGUGGCCGCCGACUGCUUCCAGCUCCUGGGGGUGACGGCGCUGCUCAUCGCCUGCAAGCAGGUGGAGGUGCACCCCCCCAGCGUGAAGGAGCUCCUCGCCCUCUGCUGCGGCGCCUUCACCCGCCAGCAGCUCCGCAACCUGGAGUGCAUCGUCCUGCACCGCCUGGGCUUCGACCUGGCGGCGCCCACCGUCAGCUUCUUCCUGGAGCACUUCAGCCGGGUGCGGCUGGAGGCGCGGGGGGCCGACGCGGGGGAGGCGGCGGACGCCAGGAGCCUGGGGGGCGUCGCGGAGCUCAGCCUGGCCGACUACGCUUUCACCAAAUACGCCCCCUCCCUGCUGGCCGCCGGCAGCCUGGGGCUGGCGGACCGGCUGCUGCGCCACCGCAGCCCCCUGGACCUGCGGGUCAGCGGCUACCCGGAGAGGCUCCUGCGGGACUGCAUGGACCAGCUGCAGCUCCUGGUGUCCCUGAACGGGCAGUCCCUGCCGCUCCUCCUGCCGCCGGAGGUGGCCCAGAAGUGCCCCUGGCUGCGGGGCGGCCGCUGACUGCGGGGUGAUAACGGCGGAGCCACCCAUCACUUGGACCUGUGGCGACCGCAGUGUUUGCCUCGGCCUAUGAGCUGAGCUGGCUCCGUGCCGACUCCGUGCUGGCUCGUCGUUUCUGCUCCACAGAGUUGAUGUAGAGUCUGAUCCGCUAAGCGUUAGUGUCAUGGGAGUUUUGAAAAUUAGAUCACGUUUUGCACACGAUGUUACUGUAUGUCAGUUGCACUGUCCCUUUGCUGUUUUUUUACAAUCCAGCGUGUAAAUAAUAUACAGAAUCUCAAGUACUGUAUUAUUUAUUUGGAGGGUGGUCCAUAAAGGUAGCGGUGCAAGGACCGAAUGAACGUUGAAUAAACUCUUUUCUACUUGU